AUGAGAGAUUUCACUCCUUCUCUCGUCCUAAACUGCGUCGUCAAUUCCUUCCUGUCUUACGCAACAGUGAUGCUGAACAUCGUCUUAAUAUUCGCGCUGAGAAGGACUUCAUCACUGCCAAAGACUCUAAAAGCAUUGAUCCUUAGCGUGGCUGUUUCUGAUAUUGGUGUGGGAUUACUUGUCCAGCCUUUGUACACCGCACGCCUGCUUAUGAAAAUGAAAAACGCUAACAACCAGGAAACUUAUAACGACAUAGUUACAGUCGUAGGACACACCCUUAGUUAUGUCUCAUUCUUCGGUGUCACAACUAUCAGCGUUGACAGAUUCCUUGCUAUCCACCUUCACCUCAAACAUCAGGACCUUCUCACCUACCAAGAAAUUGUGACUUACAAGCGUGUUGUUGCUACAGUUAUCUUAAGCUGGCUUCUCGGCGCUUUCCUGGCCCUAACCGGUGUUUUAAGCAGCAACAAAAAUAUUUUUAUGCUUCAUGUUCCUUUACAUAUUACGAAAGUUAUUGAUGUUGGCGGAGUCUCGCUUUGGGUGAGCUCUGUUUGCUGGGACACAAAAUAAUCACAAUCCCAUUAUGGGAUAUUUUGGCCACGGGAGUGGCCGUUUAUUAAAUUAAAGCAUAUAAAGCUGGGAAAACUAGAUACACAAGAACAUUAUCCCAGCAAAGGUGAGGGCACACCCGCCACUCCCUAGGGUAAAAUAAAGCUAACGGGAGGGAAGGGAGGGAAAAAUGUUUCUGACUGUCUUGUCAUGCGAGGAAGGAGGCCUUGUGCCUCGCUUCUGUGACUUACAUGACCCGUGACAUAAAUGACACUUUCGUGACAAAUCACCCGGAUGACAGGAAACCCUCCUUUGCUGGUAGCUGGAGAAAUACAAUAAUGAUCAGUCACAUUAAGCAUAAAACCAUUUAUUUCUUUCAGAAAUAAAUCUCAUUUAUGCUUCAUGUUCCUUUACAUAUUACGAAAGUUAUUGAUGUUGGCGGAGUCUCGCUUUGGGUGAGCUCUGUUUGCUGGGACACAAAAUAAUCACAAUCCCAUUAUGGGAUAUUUUGGCCACGGGAGUGGCCGUUUAUUAAAUUAAAGCAUAUAAAGCUGGGAAAACUAGAUACACAAGAACAUUAUCCCAGCAAAGGUGAGGGCACGCCCGCCACAGCCCAGAGCAAGGAACGAGUGAAAGGGCCGCCCCACCCAAGGCCAAAGCAAGACGACCGCCAACAGAAACUACUGGUACCUUCAGAUCAAAAUGUACAAUGGAAAAAGGUGUGCGCCGCCUGAUACGAAAACCCGAAAAACCACAUAGGAAAAAUUGGGAACGUAUCCCCCAACCAAUGCAGUCACACAAAACCUCUGGGGGUUAAAGGUAAGAAAGAUACCACAUUAAAAAUAAAAAGGGGGGUCAAUGUGCGAGAGCUGAGAUGAAUAUACAUGUAUUAUAAUCAUCCAACCGUGUACACCUUACAACAAUAGAGUCAACUAGCACCAUAACGGCUCAUGUGUGUCCAUAGCAAUAGGACAUUGUAUACAUUCUUUGUCACUGUCACUUACAGCUUAGUUCCACCAGUUUAGUUCAGUGGAGGUUAUGCACAUAAACAUAUAGUAAUAGAAUGGUAAGGCUGUUUACCAAGCCCUGCUUACUGAAAUGGAUCAGUGUAACCAACAGAAAUGUACCAGUUUGAAUGAAUGUGAGGGGUGUAUGGCCCUUGCUCACACUGUCAUUGUAUCUGACACAGAUCAAAAAGUGUGAAUCACUUAAGUUAACUAACAGUUUAAAAGUGAAAAUGAAUGAGAUAACUGUAUGGCCCUUGUUCACACAGCCAUCAUAAAUUGCACUUAUUCACUAAGCACUGGACACUAGAUGGGAAUAGAUGGAGUUUUAAGUAAUGUUUUCCUAAGUCUUGGAUACAGAAGUGGAUUGAUGUAACCAACAGAAAUGGGCUACUGUAGCUAGAAUAAAGGAAAUGGCUGCAUAGCCUGUCAGCUCACACAGUCAACUUAUAAUAUCGGCCUCACUAAUGCCACAUCGAUACGAAGCUCAAACGUGUUUAAAAGCUGUAAAGUUAAACCAGCUUGAAAUAAUUAGAAGUGAAAAUUAAUUGGUAACAUGGCUGUAUGGCCCCUGCUCACACAGUCACCAAGAAUUUAAAUGAUAACAAUUUAGGCUGAAUGGUCAUAGCUCAGUGACAUAAUGAAAUGAUUUAAUUUGAAAAACUGUGAUCUGGCUGUAUAGCCCCUGCUCCCACGGUCACGCUGAAUUGUACUUAUCAAAAAGCUGAAAUAGCUCGUUAAUGUAAUUGAUUAAAAUGAAAUCGGUAAGAUGGCUGUAUGGCCCCUGCCCACACAGUAAACAUGAAUUUAAAUAAUAACAAUUUACUCUAAAUUGUCAUAGCUCAGUGACAUAAUGGACGGAUUAAAUUUGGAAAUCUGUGAUAUGGCUGUAUGGCCCCUGCUCACACAGUCAUGCAAAAUUAUACUUAUCAAAAGUCUGAAAUAGCUAACUGAUGUAGCUGAUUACAAUAAAACUGUGCGAUGGCUGUAUGGCCCCUGCUCACACAGUCACCCUGAAUGAUACUAAUAAAAAGUCUGACGGAACUCACUGAUGUAACUGAUUCAAAUGAAAAUCUGUGAGAUGGCUGUAUGGCCCCUGCUCACACAGUCACCUUGAAACUAUACUAUACGCAGAAAUCACCUAGGAAACUAACAGGUGAAUAAAGUGAAAAAAUUAAUAUACUGCAAGAUGGCAGAAUGACCCUGACUCAUGUGGUGAGAAUUCUACAUAUUACAAUGUCACUGCCCAGCACAUAAGUAUCAAAUGACAUACAUGUCCUAUACACUUGAGCUACAUGUAUACCCAAUCACAAUGCCCAGGAAGCCAAAGUAGUCUGAGAAAAGUUCUGCCCAAGUAGAUGUACACGUAGGUGCCACAUGCCAAGGGACGCAGCAGCUGCUGUUGAGUAGCCCGGCACUAGAGAUGCAACUCCUGGAAAAAUGAUCAGCAGAAUGUGUACAACUCUUUUGAACAUUUCUGGCAUACUAUGUUGAACUGAAUUGAGGAACCAAAGAGAAUGCAGAGCUAUUGACUUUCUUAAGAGAGAUGCCAAGGGAAAGCUGAAGAUGGUUGGAUAAAGCUGGUUGGUACUCUGCUCAAGACUGGCUUCAUUGAAAAGGCAUCCAUGAAAGGGAGCUGCAUGUGUAUACCUUAGCACCUGAAGUAAAAUGAAAAAACUAUUAAAACAACUUCUUUAAACAAGCCAGAAUGUGCUACGAUUAAAGAACAAUGUGUAACCAAUUAAUAAAUCAAUCAGGAUCUCCCAAACAAAACGAAUAAACAGUAAAUUCCUCAAAAACAACAAAGCUAAAAGCACUGAUGUGACAUGGAGAGUAAAGCAUAAAGCAACGUAUUACAGUGUCCCAUCACAAUAAACGCAGGACUGUAAUGUCCACACAUAUCAAAACAGGGGAGCCAACAAAACCGGAGAUUAAAAUUAAUGUAGCUGCAUGUAAACCAAAAUAACGGAUAGCACGAAUAAAGACUAAAAAAUAGACAAAAAAGGCAAAAAAUGUGAAUAGAAAUUCAGACCAAAUAAUAUUGGCAUCUGGUUACCCUAGACAAAAAUACAACAAACAGAACCACACAUAUAUCACUGCAAACAAAUCAAAUAAGCAGUACAAACAAAGCAACAGGGGCCUAGAACAAUGAGGACCAAAGCCUCAAACUGAGGAACAAAGCCUCAAAGGCUACCAUGGACGAACUGCUGAUAGCCAGAGGACGAAUCCUCAAAAUAAAAAUAAUGGACGAAUCCACUAUAUAACACAAUAAAAAUGUGGCAGGGAAAGUCUGUCAGACAUUAAGUCGACGCAAAAAACUCCCCUAUAAAUGCCAAAAUAAUAAAUAAAUAAGAGGUUGACAACAACCCCAAAAGCAAGAGUGGACGAAUCCACUAAAAGCCAGAGGACGAAUCCUCAAAAAGUAUCAUAAGGAUAAAUAAAAUAUGAGGACAAAGCCUCAAUAUAAAAUAUGAGGACGAAGCCUCGAAAUAAAAUACGAGGCCGAAGCCUCAAAAUAAAAUAUGAGGAUGAAGCCUCAAUAUAAAAUAUGAGGACGAAGCCUCAAAUAAAAUACGAGGCCGAAGCCUCAAAAUAAAAUAUGAGGACAAAGCCUCAAAAUAAAAUACGAGGCCGAAGCCUCAAAAUAAAAUAUGGGGACAACGCCUCAAAUAAAAUACGAGGACGAAGCCUCAAAAUAAAAUAUGAGGACAAAGCCUCAAUAUAAUACGAGGCCAAAGCCUCAAAAUAAAAUAUGAGACGAAGCCUCAAUAUAAAAAACAAGGACAAAGCCUUGAUACAACAUGAGGACAAAACCUCAACAAAACAAAUGAGGUCAACGCCUCAAAUACAAGUGGAGGAACAAAGCCUCACACUGAAAAAACGGCCCAGAAGUAAGCACUGGCAGACAGAAUGUCGCCGACAGCGACUAAAGGAAAACAACAGAACACAACGAUACACAAUGCAACAGGAUAAAAACACAAUAUGCAGACAAAACUGACAUAUGAACAGCAAAGGAUAAACCUGAUAUGCUGAUACAGUACACUGUACCUCUGAGGUAACUUUGUUAGAAUGGUUGCAAGUUUUAGCCUGUAGGGUUUAAUAACGCAUCGUUUUGUUUGGCUUUGUUUUGUUGUUGUUGUUGUUGUUUUUUAUUUUUAUAAUACUGUAAUUCUAAUUAUACAUAUAAGCUGAGUCCAAAGGUCAAAAAUGCUCAAAUGUGCAUAAAGGUAAACUGAAAAUAAUUAUGAAUAAAUAAAGUGUCUUUCCAUAUCAUAAAACAAGAUCAUAAACAAAGAGACCCAGCUCCAGGCUGGUAUAAAUAAAAAUUUUAACUGAAGACCGGGCGAGUGUUACUGAUUUCAAAUAUAGCGCCAGUUGGCACUAGCGAUACAAGUAGCUGAAGAACACGAGGCACAACCAGUCUGAGGGACAACGAAACUGUGCUACGGACACCGAACGGACUAGCAUACACGCCAGUGUAACUGAAAACAUAUAAAAUUAAUGGUCGAUUGGAUGUAGAAUUCGAUGUUACCAAUAAACAAUGGCAUUUCAUUAGCAUAAACGACCGCAACAUGUAUGAAUUCCCGCAAUCAACAAGACGAUCAUGUGCACGAACAUGACUGGGGACAUCAAUACAGCACCGAGAGUAAGCGGUGAGCCAUCGGGCAAUAAUCUAGUACUUAUCUCAAAGAAGAGGUGAUGCUCGGUAGGUAAGACCCAAGAAGAGCGAAAGAGACUGAUAAAUCGCAAGCAUCCUGCAUCUAAAUCCGGUCGCCAUCAAAAAUGUUUCUGACUGUCUUGUAAUGCGAGGAAGGAGGCCUUGUGCCUCGCUUCUGUGACUUACAUGACCCGUGACAUAAAUGACACUUUCGUGACAAAUCACCCGGAUGACAGGAAACCCUCCUUUGCUGGUAACUGGAGAAAUACAAUAAUGAUCAGUCACAUUAAGCAUAAAACCAUUUAUUUCUUUCAGAAAUAAAUCUCAUUUAACCUUGCAGGGGUGUCUGUAGGAUUGGUUUGUCUCCUUACUAUGGGUCUAAUCUAUUUCAAGAUUUCCAUAGCCGUACGUCGCCACACCGUUCAAGUUCAUGCCCAGCCAGCUCAAGCAGUGGCAUCGAACGAAGAAAAUCGCUCAAUUUUUGAAAGACUGAAAAAAACAACGGUUGGUACAUUUUACGUCUAUCUGUUGUUUUUCGCCUGCCAUUUACCAAUCGCUAUUGUGAUCCUGACCGGUCGAAAGACGAAUAAGAAGAGACAACAUUUCAAGAUUUACGCUCAGACGCUGUUAUAUUUGAGUACAUCACUCGUUCCCCUGGUUUACUGCUGGAAGUUUAGACACAUCCGAUGCGCUGUCAAGAACAUUCUGCGCAACACAUUCGCAAGUCAGAAUCAGAUUCAGGAAGACUAA